AUGGCGGUGGACCGAAGAACAGCGUUCGAAGAAGCAAAAAAGCUUGUAACCGAGGCUUCCAUUCUUAGCUACUACGACCCUAAGGAAGAGCUUGUCGUACAGUGCGAUGCAAGUCAGAAGGGUCUUGGUGCUGCCCUGCUACAGAAGGGAAAACCUAUUGCAUAUGCCAGCCGUGCCCUGACUGACACUGAGACAAGAUACGCCCAGAUAGCAAAGGAAAAGUUGGCAAUAGUCUUCUCCCUUGAGAAAUUUCAUCAGUACACCUUUGGACGGCCUGUCCAGGUAACAAGCGACCACAAACCGCUUGAGUCCAUCCUCAAGAAGCUGUUAUCAUCCGCACCUCGCCGCCUGCAAGGCAUGAUAAUGAGGCUUCAGAAGUACAACAUUUAUGUUCACUUCGCGUGCGGUGCAAAGAUGUACAUCGCUGAUCUUCUCUCAAGAGCUUUCCUUCCCGAAGUUGGUAGAAAAGACGUCAAAGAGCUCGAAUUGCUGAACAUGACCAAACUUCUGCCUGUCAGUGAUCAGAAACUAAGUGAGAUCCAAAGAGAAACCGCCGCGGACCAAACCCUGCAGGUCGUGAAAUCCUUGAUCCUUAAGGGAUGGCCAAAUGACAAGAGCGAUCUACCGUCGCAAACAACCCCCUACUACAGCCUACGAGAUGAGCUGACAGUACAAGAUGGCGUAAUUGUUAGAGGAGAAAGAUUAGUAAUUCCUGCCAGUUUACGAAAGCAAAUGAGGAGCAAACUUCACUCCUCACACAUGGGAACAGUAUCGUACCUACGACGAGCGCGAGAAUACAUUUACUGGCCCGGAAUGUCAGCCGAAAUAAAGCAACAAAUAGAAGCAUGUGAAAUCUGCCGAACACACGACCCUAGUCAACAAAAAGAAACCCUCAUGCCACACGAUUACCGUCACGCCCUUGGGAAAAGAUACGGAUGCCCAGACAAAGUUGUGUCGGAUAACGGCCCUCAAUUCUGCUGUAAUGAAUUCGCAACGUUCGCUCGUACCUGGGAAUUCGAACACUGCGCCAUCAGCACUGGAAACAUUAAGGCAAAUGGGAAAGCAGAAUCUGCUGUGAAGACAGCAAAACGACUCCUCCGCAAAGCAUUCGAAGCUUUCAAUGACCUUUACCAAGCGAUCCUGGACUACAGAAACACGCCUACACAAGGAAUCGGGUCAAGCCCGGCUCAGCGCCUAAUGAGUCGAAGAACGAAGACCCUACUCCCAACAGUGAGUCAGCUUCUACAACCGCAAAGCAGCAAGCCAUCUAACGACCGCACGAAGCUUGUGGAGCGUCAGCAGAAACAGAAGUGGUACUACGACCGCACCGCGAAAGACUUCAAACCGCUAGAGAAGGGCGACACUGUGCGCAUGAAACCGCUACGUGCUGGUGAGAAGAAAUGGCGCAAAGCGCUGGUGAUCAACAAAGAUGACCAACGAUCAUACACCGUGGAGACUUCGGAUGGUGGAGCAUACCGUCGUAACCGCGUGCACUUGAGAAAGACUCAAGAAUCGCCACCGACAAUUCAGCAGGACCACGGAUCACCACCGUCAAACAAUCCUAUGUCGCACAAGUAUGCUGAAAGCCCUGAAGCGCCAACCGCAAGCAUCCCGCCGCAGACCCCGCCAGACAAAUCAAGCAAACCCCAGCCACUCGAGGUCAAUGAAGAGCCCUCGCCGGCGAGGCCUUCACGAACUCGAAGGCCUCCAGAACAUUUGAAAGACUAUGUCUGCUAUUAA